CGCAGGCGCGCGCAUGUGCGCCUAGCCGAGAGCGCUCGUUGGCAGGUGUCUGGACGGGUGGCGGCGGGCGAUGGGACAACCGGCGCUCCUGCUGCUCGCGCUGUGCGCAGCUGGCGCCAAUGGCCUUUACUUCCACAUCGGCGAGACCGAGAAGCGCUGCUUCAUCGAGGAAAUCCCCGACGAGACCAUGGUCAUCGGGAACUACCGCACCCAGAUGUGGGACAAGCAGAAGGAGGUCUUUCUGCCAUCGACCCCGGGCCUGGGCAUGCACGUGGAGGUGAAGGACCCCGAAGGCAAGGUGGUGCUGUCCCGGCAGUAUGGCUCGGAGGGCCGCUUCACCUUUACUUCCCACACUCCUGGUGACCACCAGAUCUGCCUGCACUCGAACUCCACCAAGAUGUCCCUCUUUGCUGGCGGCAGACUGCGUGUGCACCUAGACAUCCAGGGUGGGGAGCAUGCCAACAACUACCCCGAGAUCGCUGCCAAGGAUAAGCUGACUGAGCUGCAGCUCCGAGCUCGCCAGUUGCUUGAUCAGGUGGAGCAGAUCCAGAAGGAGCAGGAUUACCAGAGGUAUCGUGAGGAACGCUUCCGUCUUACCAGCGAGAGCACCAACCAGAGGGUCCUGUGGUGGUCCAUUGCUCAGACGGUCAUCCUCAUCCUUACCGGCAUCUGGCAGAUGCGUCAUCUCAAAAGCUUCUUUGAGGCCAAGAAGCUGGUGUAGUAUGCUCUCCGUCUGAUCCCACCUGUCACCUCAAGGUUUUGGUACUUUCCCCACCCAGUAACUUAUCCACCUGCAUUUUGAGGGAAGAAGAAAAAAUGAAAAAAGGCCACAAGCCACAUUGGUUCCAUGGCAACAAAGCAUUCACAUUGGCCACCUUUUCACACUGGUUCUCAAGGACCAAGGAUAUUGGUCCAAGUUUUCAGAGGUCCGUUUUGGGGUCUGUUAGGAGUCGAAACUGACCCGGGACUAAGUCUUGCUCUUUUCAUCUCCAGGGAGUUCAUUCCAUCCUGUCACAAAAAGAGCCAGUGAAAAAGUCACCACUAUCCCUUUAACUUCUCUCUUCCCGUCUGUUUCUGUAGUAGGCAGCUGAAACGCCCUGCCAGGGCAAGCCCGCCUCCCUGUUCCCUAGUUAGUCCUGGGUUUGCUCAGUGGCUUUGUGAAUGUAAAUAAGGGGUAGAGGCCUCAGAGAAUUGCAAUGUUUUUCUAUAUAUUAGAACUAUUUUUUGAUAAAUUAUAUAUAUUUUACUUCCUAGUUGAAGUGUUCCUGCCUGUGUUUGACUAGGUGAAAACACCCAUCUGGUUCCCUCUGUGCUCAGUUUCUCCGAAUAUUUUUGAUUAAGGGCCGCAGCAGCUCACAGACGUCACAGGUGCUCUCGCGGCCUCCCCAGACGGCCAGGCAAGACUUCCCUGGGGCACCUGCGAUUUCUAUCACUCGGGGCCUCUGAGAGUGAGGCAGUCACAGAGCUAGCACGGGCGGGGCUCUCCUACCCCACCUCCUCCCUUCGCUUUUAUUUAAGCCAUGGCAAAUGUUUUCUUCGCAGGAGCCCCAUUUGGUCCUUCGUACAGAUUUUUUCCAGUGAAAUAAAGUGUGUUGUAGUAGCCCUGUUUGAAAUGAAGUAAGAGGUGGUGGACAGAGGGGAGACACGGAAGGAAGUGGAAGAAAGGGCGUUGGCCUUGCUGGCUCCCAUGCUGCCCUGCGGUGGGCUUCAGUGUGUGGCCUCAUGCUGCCAGGGUCUGGCCGAGUGGGUGUCCAUGGGUGUGGGACGGACAGGGCAGUUGCCCACUCGCAGAGGUCAGCCCAGCGGGCCCAUUGCAGGGAAUCAUGUGAAGAAAUAAACUACCUGUUUUCUAGCCCCUGGAAUCUUUUAAACAUCUUAGCCCACUGCCCCUCUGCUGUCGUCAUCUUGCCCAAUCUUGGCAUUUUAUUUCAUGGUUUUAUUUAUUGUAUGCAUUUGCUUAUUUAACGUGUAUUGUUUAUUUGACCUACAGAACUAAAUCUUUUUCCCUACAUCCCAUGCUGUUCCACAUGUGUUUGUAUUUUUCUCAUAAAAAUACAUGCAAGUUGCUUUCUAAGCUUUGUCAUUCAA